UCAAGGGUAAAAAGAUAAAAUGGCAUUGUUUUCAUGUUCAUCAACAAAUGCUGCACUUUUACUACUUACAUUCUCACUAAUAAUCACUUCGAAUAAUUACGUAGUUUCGGGCGGCAACUAUUUCGAAGAUUUCGACAUAAGCUGGGGCGAAGGGCGCGGUAAAAUCCUCGAAAACGGGGAUUUUCUAACGCUGUCGCUCGACAACUAUUCCGGGUCGGGUUUUCAAUCGAAGAAGGAGUAUUUGUUCGGGAAGAUCGACAUGCAGCUCAAGCUCGUGCCCGGAAACUCCGCCGGAACCGUCACCGCUUUCUACUUGUCUUCUGGGGGAGGAUUGAAGCACGAUGAAAUAGAUUUUGAGUUCUUGGGGAAUGUGAGUGGGGAGCCGUACACUGUGCAUACAAAUGUGUACACACAAGGGAAAGGUGAUAGAGAGCAGCAGUUUCACUUGUGGUUUGAUCCUACUACUGAUUUUCAUACUUACUCUCUUCUUUGGAGCCCCCAAACUAUUCUAUUCUCAGUGGACAACACACCCCUAAGAGAAUUCAAGAACCUAGAAAACAAAGGAGUCCCAUUCCCCAAAAACCAGCCAAUGAAGCUCUACUCCAGCAUUUGGAACGCCGAUCAAUGGGCCACGAGAGGCGGCCUGAUCAAGACCGACUGGACUCAAGCCCCAUUCAUCGCUUCCUACAGAAACUUCAACGCCGACGAUGCCUGCGUCGCCAGCGGCGGCGAUGCGGCGGCGUACUGUGCUUCUGCGGCGGCGACUAAGAGGAGGAGCAGCCCGUGGUGGCUGUCGGAGAAACUGGGUCCCAGAUAUGAAGCGAAGCUGAGAUGGGUUCAGAGGAAUUACAUGAUUUAUAACUAUUGCACCGAUGCCAAACGCUUCCCGCAGGGUUUUCCGGUGGAAUGCUAUAAUAAUUAGGAUUUGCUGUUUGGUCCCUUUGUUUUUGUGUUUUUAACUUUUUAGUCCUUCCUUCUUGUAGAUAUGUAAUUUAGUAUGAAGCCGUGGUUACUUUUGAGUGUCUAAUGUUGAUUUUAUGUUC